CAGUCACAGAGAUGACAAUGUGUGACAUUGAAAGGUGGUGAGUAGAAUUUUCUUAUUUCUGUAAAGAUUGUGAGGAGUUUCUGGCUACCCUAAAGGUAGUCUUGUGGGUAGUAAGGACUCUUUUCUCAAUAUGACAAAAUAACGUUGACAAUGACAGUUAGCAAGCCAUUGUUCCUGUUAGUAAGUCACAGAAAAGACUCUAUCUGCUUUGUAAUGCAGUUAAUGUUGUGAUGUGGAGCUAAAGACACCAGGCAGGAGGAAGGAAGCAUCUGGGAUUCCCUUUUCAUGAAGUUAAAAAUCACCUGAUCUAUCUAAGGUCAGAAUGAUCCUCACAGGGUAGCAAGAUAGAGGGCUCCUUCCUGGGCCAUAUGGAGGGUACAUUCCUUAUCACCAGAUCUUCAUGGUGGUUUUAUAAUUCUAUGCAAAUCAGAAUUGGAAAAGCUAUACAAAUAAGAUAUAAGCCCUCAAUUAAAACUACAAUUAAAAAUAUAUUCAUAAUAAAACAUUUUUUACAUAAGGUCUCACUAUUUAGACCUAACUGCCCUGGAGCUCACUAUGCAGAGUGGGCUAACCUCUUACUCAAAGACUAAAGGUGUCCCAUUUUGCCUAUCCAAUAAACAAAAUUUAAGAGCACAAGUAAAUUACUGUGCUACAAUAUUGAGAAAACAUUACCAAAAAAAAUAAAAAAAAAACAACAAAAAAAAAAAAAACACCAGAUGCUAAAAUGGUAUGUGUGUGAGAACAGUUUUAAAAGGUUCAUGGGAAAGGGUAAGUAUUAAAAUGUAUUUAAAAGGCUAGUUUUUUAAAUUAUGAGAAUAUGGCUAGUUUUUCUUAUUUUUGUUUCCAUCUACUACAUAUAAUAAGCAUAGUUGAUGUUAUAAUUAGACAUUUGUCUUGUGGGUCCAUGAACCUACAUGUGCACAUGUGGAGGCCAGAGCUCAAAUUAGUCAUCUCCCUCUAUCAUUUUUCACCUUAGUUUUUGAGAGAGCAUCUUUCACUGGACUGAAAGCUCUCUAAUUGUUAGUCUGGCUAGUGGUCCUCUAGGAUCCUCCUGUCUCUGUCCCUCAGGACUGGGAUUAUAGGUAUGCACUACCACAUUUAACUUUUUUCUUUAAAAAAAAAUCUGGGGGAGCCAAGAUGUCGUUUUCCAAGUAUAAGCCUGCACCCCUGGCCACUCUCCCCAGUACCCUCAACCCUGCCGAGUAUGACGUGUCUCCGGAGACCCGAAAGGCGCAGGUCGAGCGCAUGAGCAUAAGGGCCCGGCUUGAACGGGAGUAUCUGCUUCAGUACAACAACCCCAAACGCCAAACGCACAUCGAAGAUCCUGCCUUGAUUCGUUGGACCUAUGCAAGAUCAGCAAAUGUUUAUCCUAAUUUCAGACCCACUCCCAAGAACUCACUCUUAGGAGCGGUGGCAGGUUUAAGACCUCUCAUCUUCUGGUAUUAUGUUAUCAAAACAGACAGGGACAGAAAAGAAAGAGUUAUCCAAGAAGGAAAACUGGACAGAAAAUUUAGCAUCUCCUACUAAGCUCGGCAAGGAUGCCUCUGUUCUUGCAUCAAUAAAUCUCCUAUUGAUUAAUCACUGAAAAAAAAUCUGAAUGCUGGGGAUCCAAACUCAGGUCCUCAUACUUUCACAGUAAGCAGUUUACCCACUGAGCUGUUUCCCAAAUCCUAGAUACUUUGUUUUUUUAAGAUUCAUUUGCUGUUUUCACAGCUCAUUUUACUACUGAUAAGGACUUAGAAUGAAGUUGCUGUGUCCUCAUAUUCUUGUUGAGUUCCCUUGAGCUCAAAGGGAAGAUUGGCAUCUCCCUAUUUGUCAAGAAUGCUCUGCAUAUUGGUUCAGUGAUACUGUUGGCAAUGAGAGCAAAUCAAGGAGAGGGACAUUAAUACAAUGACUAGAGAUAGGGAACUUGCUCAAAGACUUACUGGUGUCCCAGAAGAGAUGGCUUGAGAUACUCCAUAUGGGCAUUGAGUCUAGAGUGACGAACUAACCAUAAGCAUUACUUUGUUGAAGUCUAAUUACAACAUAGAUGAGAACGAAGUCAUGCAAACUAGGAUGGACAAAGCAGUGAGAUGAGCACAGAACAAAAUCCAGGCUGCAGUACAGUGUGCUGUGGUUGUGAUACACAUAAAAUGUACAUUUAUUUGCUAGUGAAGACUUCUUCAUGGGUCUAUAGUCCCUCACUUCUUUGUAUAUACCUGAGGCAAACUUAUCCAGGAGGUGACUAGAACACACCUCUGGAUCAGACACUUAACAGUGGGUAAUGCCUUGCUUAGCUGGGCUUCUUUCUGCAAACUGCAAUCCUGUCCCUGGCUGUAUUCCAAGGCAUACUUUCCAAACUGCAUGGUCUCUCAUAGCAUUUAUUCCUUCACAUAUCUGCUAGCACAUCUUGAACAGGAUUGGCAAUGGAAUUUCAGAAGUGAAGUAUCUUGCCAGGGCCACUGGAGGCUGUAUCUGAGUGACUUUUGAGCCUGUAUAGCUGUUCCACACUGCCCUCUGGGGGGGUGAGCUAGAUCUCCUAAAUCUUCAGCUACCCUACUAAAUUAUCUCUGCACAGAGCUAAGCCCUAGAUCUACUUGUUGACAAUAAGAGUAAAUAGUAUUCACAUACAAAAUUAUAACAUUGGUAUAGCAGCAGUGAAGAGGUCUACCUCAGAGAAUGAUUUUAAAACAUAAAGAUUUUAAAUUGUGUUUAUUUGGAAAAGAUUACUGAGUAUGUAACUAAGAGAUUGUUUUUAUUGUGUUGUGGUUUGUCUAUAAACUUGCUGUGAGUGCCUCCGAUUGCUACCAGAUUCAGGUCUGGACAUUUACCUUACAGAAAAUUAAUCACCAGGAGAAACAAAUUGGUUAAGAACAAAAACAAAAACAAAAAAACCAGUGUUUACUGACAGUCACACAGAAGGAAGCAAACUGAUGCCUCAACUCCCUCCUUCCAAGGUUUAGGGGGAAAUGGGAGUUAGGGGUUAUGUACAGAUUAGCAUUCCCAGGAACUUGAGUUAGACAAUCCUAUGCUAGCCAGAGUUAUUAAUCUCCUGGUGAUUAGUCUACCUUGCUGACAAGAUGCUCUGGAGUGCAAAGAGAAAGCCAUAUUUUGGGAAUGAGGAGUAAGAAUUAAGAAAGAUAGAGUUACUAAAGGCAACAGCCUGUUAUAACAAAUCAUGAAGUAACUACUGUUAUUCAGCCUAACACACUGGCUACAGAAGUCUUGCUUGGGUCCAUGUGUAAAACUGCCUCCUGUAGAUUUAGGGACAAGUAAUUCUUUUUCUGUUUGAAGUUUCCUUUGUCUUCCUAUAGAUUGCAAGUCAAAGCUGCUGCUUUUACAGUGAAGACCAAAGGGUCUCUUGUGUCUUAUUGGCAGCUCUGUGCUGUGUUAUUACCUCUGCUGUCAUUUCUUGAUUUUUUUUAAA